CAAGCACAGCAAAUAGUAAAUCCGGGACGCACUCAACACGUUCAAAAAGCUAGAGGUUAAUUAUUUUAUAAUUAUUCCUCAUUACAUGGAGAGAGAUGUAUUGGAAUCCAAGCUUUAAAAAACCGUAUGAGGCGUUAAUAUGUAUUGUAUAAAGUUCUUUUUAGGGGGGGGGGGCAAGGUAGAUCAAGGACCAAUGCAGAGUGAAUCACUGAGAGAGCAGACGAUCAAGUCGUUGGAUCAACAGUGUUUCCCGCCUCGGUGCACACUUGAAGUUGAUUAUCUCAACGACGAAUGCCUUCGCGAUGCUUUGGUAACACUAACUGAACAAUCCUUACCAAAGAAGAAUGAAAGUAGAAACUUUUGGCGUUUCGAGUUCAGAGAUAACCGCAAAUUCUUUGACAUGAUGAUUUGAAGAGUGGAGUUGUAGGGAGCGUUUUGAGGAAAGGUUUUUCUUUUAACUUGUGACGUCGUGGGACGCAGUUUAGCGGACUUGCUUUUAUAUAUCCAACGCCAUGAUUCAAACUUACAGGAAAAACAGCGGCAUGGAGUGCUGUAAAGCCGAGCCAAUGUUCCGACGUGUCCGUUAUAACUUACUGACCUAUCCAGGAGCAGGAUGGAUAGCGUUUGUGAUAACCUUGUUCCUAUGGGCUCUCUCCGUUCCCUAUCUCAGACAGGCACCCAGUGGCGUUCCCGAUACCAAGGAAGUUCGGUUGCAGAUGCCUCGGGCAGCCGCAGAGAAAGCUUUUAGACGAAACACAGAGACAAUGUAUGAUAUCAGAUACAACACCAGUGAGUAUUCACACUCUUUCCCUGUGGAUGACACUUGCUUCUUCACUCGUAAACUCUCAAAGAGCGACAUGCCAACAAUUCAUUCUAUAUUCUCUAAUCCAGCAUCUCAGAGCGUUGUCUUUGUAGGAGUACGGUUUCUUAGGGAGAAUUGGGCAGAAGACAAAUUCAUUUGCGAGUUCGAGAAUGGUGAACGGACACAGAGCGACCCAAUCGUGAAUGACUACCGGAGCUUCGGUUAUUUAGCUCAGUAUGUAUUUGUCUUAACAUACCCACUGCCGGAGAUUUACAUUGGCAGAACUAAUUUCACCAUGAGUUUUUACAAGGUAACAUGGCGGCCGAAAUGGUACAUGUUUGCCUACGCUAACCUGACCGUGUGUCGAGCGGGCAGCUGGCCGCUCACUAAGAAACACUUCUUAAGUGUUUGCACAAUGGUCAAGGGCAUGGAUGAAUUCUUACCAGAUUGGUUGGAUUAUCAUCGCUUUAUGGGUGUUGAACACGCUUAUAUCUACGACAAUGCGGUCGAGAAGAUGAGUUUGUUACGUGAGACGGUCAAAGAGGAUGUAGACAGUGGGUUUGUCACCGUUAUCCCAUGGUCUCACAGACCGUCUGCAGGGAAGAGUUACUUAGAAGUGCAAAUAGCUCAUGAGAAUGACUGUUUAUGGCGUCACAGAUACGACACCCAUUGGAUGAUGAAGAUUGAUGUCGACGAAUACGUCCAGCCCAUGAACCCAGCCAACCCAAAGAUACCUAACUUCUUACGGGAUCCGAGACUCAAUAAGUUAGGUGCUAUAAGACUUCAGAAUUGGUUCUUUGGGCGCCCUAAAACUUCGGAGGUCCUCGAAGGGUCUAUCAUGGAGCGAAAUCGCUGGCGUCCGUCGGAGCCAACCCUUCAGAACACCGGUAGAGACAAGAAUAUUCUCCGGCCUAUAAACGUGCAUUAUUUUAAAAUCCACGCUAUCAAACUUGGAGGUGAGACAAAGUCCAUAAACCCUGAAACUGAGAUGCGUUUGGUGCACUACCGUGGCGAUAACCCAAGGGUCCGCCAUUUUGAUUUGCCCGAGUUCGAUGUUUUGGAUGAGAGCAUGGUCAACAUAUGGAAACAAAUCAAAAAAGCAAAGAUGGAAUGACAGUGACUUAUUAUAUAU